AGCUAGUGAUCUACAGUAUGCAGCGAGUAUUAGAAGCGAACGUGCGCAUAAUAACUUUAAGCAAAACAGUUUCGUAUUUUUUAUACAUUUUUUUCCUUCAAAAUAUUUGUAUUUUAUAAAUAAAAGAUACAAUUAAAUCAAUUUCAUAUGAAAAAAAAGAACUAGAGAGUGCAAAUUAAAUAAAAAAGAAAACAACAAAAUAUUGUGUGAGUUUUAAAGCAAACAUAUACGAAAAAACAAAAAUUAUUACGCUCUGAAAAGUAUUUUUUGUUUGACUUUUCUAAGCAUAUGACUGACUCGACUGUGUAAAAUACAUACAAUUCAUAUAGAUGUAUAAUUGGCACGAGAGCAAAAAGCAACAAAAAAAAAACUUUUUAUAAAAUAAAAAAAAACAGACAACAAGCAAACCAACCAACCUCUUUUUUCAAUACGUUUUAUUUUGUUUUGGUUUGGUUUUAUUUUUAUUAAAAAAACAAAAAUAAAAAUAAAAAAUAUUGUAGUGAACGGAUACAAGUAGAUGAAUGUAUCUCAAUAUCUUUCAAGAAGAAAACAAAAACACAGCGUCGAAAAAACCGCAAAGUAAAGAGGUUUUUUUUUCUAAAAUACAAAAGCAACAACAACAAUAAUAAAACAAUUUUGUGUUUUGUUGGUUUUUGGUGUGUGAGCUCGUUAGUUUAUUUAUUCAACGACCGAUACCGUGUGUGGACAUUAUUUUCCGAAACGCGCAACAUACCACAACACACACCCUGCUGCUGCUGCUGAUGCACUGCAACAUUUAAGAAAAACAAAAAAAAUAUAUAGUAAUUUCAAAUCAAACAAACCAAAAGUAUUUAACUUAAACAAAAACGAAAUAUUAUUUCAGUAAUAAUUUCCCUUUAAAACGAAUUUAACUUAAAACAAAUCCAUAAGAUACAACAGAAACUAUAACAUAAACGUGUGUUUAACAAGCAAAAUAUAUAAAAAAAGCUGUGAAAUAUAUAAGAAAAAUAAAUCGAGUUUAUUUAAAGAAAACAAAAAAUAAAUAAAAAAGAAAUAUUCUGCAAAAAAAAAGCUCAAAGAACGCGUGUAAAAAAGAAAUACAAAAAAGUAUCUUUAAUACAAAAAUCAAAAAAAAAGAAAAUUAUAACAAAAAAUAAUGUAAAAUAUAUACAACAAAAAGUGUUUUAAAAGAGAAAAAAAGUUGAAAUAAAAUAAAAUAAACCAACAUCAUCUUAUUGUUAUUAUUAUUAUUAUUUUCUUGGUGUUAUCUAAUCUAUAAAUUUCCAUUUAUUUAAUAAAUUUUUAUAGUUGUUUUAAUACAAAACCAAAAAGAAGCAGAAAAUAUAUUAAAAAAAAGAUUGUGUUUGCAAAAAGUGUUUUUUUAUAUUUUUUACAAAACAACAACAGCAGCAGAAUAAUAAAUAAAUAAAAAUAAAGUAUCUUUAAGAUACAAUUCUAUAUAAGUGAUUUAUUUUCAAUAACAAACCACAGAAAAAUGGCUAAAAUUACAAAUCAAACGACCAAAUCAAACUACUCCAAUAACUCAGCAUCAUUAUCAUCAUCAUCGACAGUAACAACCUGCAAUUCCUCCUCAUCCUUCUCCUCCUCAUCAUCGUCGACAUCACUAACAAAUAUAGCUUUAAAAAUUGUUAUAUUUUCGCUAAUAUGCCUCAGCCAAUCGGGAUUUGUGGAAAGCCGUAAACACUCACCUUUAUUAGUGGAAGAAGCUGAGGGCAAUCGUCGCAAUAACAGACCAGCUGUUUCUGAAUGUCAAUUUGGCAAAACUUUGCGUGAAUUGGGCUCGACCUGGUAUGCCGAUUUGGGACCACCAUUCGGCGUUAUGUAUUGCAUUAAAUGUGAAUGUGUGGCGGUUCCCAAAAAACGGCGCAUAGUGGCUCGUGUUCAAUGUCGCAAUAUUAAAAAUGAAUGCCCGCCCGCCCUGUGCGAUGAUCCCAUCUUGCUGCCCGGUAAAUGUUGUAAAACCUGCCCCGGCGAUAAAAAUAAUGAAACCGAUGUCGCCUUAGAUACACCGGCACCAAUUGAAGAAGAAGAGCGCAAUAUGAAACAUUUCGCUGCUCUCCUUACUGGUCGCACCUCGCAUUUCCUUAAAGGCGAAGAAAUGAAGGCCAUGUAUACCACCCAUAAUCCCCACAAUAUAGUGGCCACCGGUCGCUUUAUGUUCCACAAAAAGAAUCUCUAUUACUCCUUCUAUACCUCGGCCAAGGUAACACGUCCACGUGCCAUACAAUUUGUUGAUGAUGCCGGCACUAUUUUGGAAGAACAUCAAUUGCAAUUGCCAGCAGGACCCCAAUCGAUUUAUCAAAAUGUUACUGGCAAAAUCUGUGGUGUCUGGCGUCGUGUGCCCCGUGAUUAUAAGCGUUUGUUGCGUGAUGAGCGUUUGCAUGUUGUAUUGCUGUGGGGCGGUAAUAAAUUCCAAACUGAAUUGGCUUUGGCUGGCAAAAUUGGCAAAUAUACCGCCUUACAAUCUGAAUUGUUUAGCUCCCUGAUGGAACCUGCUCCCGGCUCUAAAUCAGAAUUGAUGUCUGGCUCGGGUGGCACAGCCAUUGUCUCGACUAGCAGUGGUGCCGCUUCCUCCAUGCAUUUGACUUUGGUUUUCAAUGGUGUCUUCUCGCCCGAUGAAUAUAUGGAUGCUCCCGUCAACAUUCGCAUUGAAUCGCCCGAUCGCCGUGAGGUUGUUUUGGAUGAAAUUCAAAAGGUACGCAAACCUUCCUCAGAAGUCAAUGUUUUGGAGAUCUCUUCCCCCAUUUCCAUACAAAAUUUGCGUUUAAUGUCCCGUGGCAAACUAUUGCUGACCAUUGAAUCGAAAAAGAAUCCCAAUUUGCGCAUCCAAGGCCACAUUGUUACCCGCACCACUUGUGAAAUCUUCCAGACCCUGUUGGCUCCCCACAAUGCCGAAUCGAAGGCCAGAAGCAGUGGCUUGGCUUGGGUGUUCCUGAAUACCGAUGGCUCUUUGUCGUACAACAUUGAAACUGAUCAGGUUAAUGCCCGUGAUCAUCCCGAGAUUAGUUUGAUUGAGGAUUUGGGCAAGAGAAAAACCAUGUUGGAAGAUUUGACACCCAGCUUUAAUUUCAAUCAGGCCAUUGGUACCGUAGACAAAUUGGGUCCCAAAGUGGUGGAGUCUUUGUAUGCCGGCGAUUUGGGGGUUAAUAUAGCUAUUGAACAUGAAACCAGUUUGAUAAGAGGCCGUUUGGUAUCCCGUCCCGUUGCUGAUGCCCGCGACUCUGCUGAACCCAUUUUAUUGAAGCGAUCCGACAAUUCUGUUACCGCUCCCAAUCAUGCCAUGGGCAUGGCCUGGCUGUCCAUUGACAAUGAGUGCAAUCUACAUUAUGAAAUCACCUUGAGCGGCUUCCAGUCUCAUAUGCAAGAUUUACAAAUCUAUUUGGAGGAGAAACCCAUCGAAGCUAUUGGCGCUCCUGUAACACGUAAAUUGCUGGAAGAAUUCAAUGGUUCUUAUAUGGAGGGUUUCGUUUUGGGCAUGCCCUCUAAUGAAUUGGUUAAAUUGGAGUCCAGUGUUUGCUAUUUGGAAAUCCAUUCAAAGGAUAAAAAGGAAUUGUUGUUGAGAGGCAAAUUGAAGUCCACCAAAGUGCCGGCACACUGUUUCCCCAUCUACACCGACAACAAUGUGCCCAAUGUAUUUUUGCCCGGCGAUCGUAAUGAUGAUGUUUUGAUUACACCCGAUACCAAAUGCUUCCAUUCGGGAAGAUUCUACGAUGAGACCGAACAAUGGCGCAGCACUGAAGACACCUGUCAAAUGUGUGCCUGCCAGAGAGGUCAUGCCACCUGUGAGCCCAUCAAAUGCCCCGUUAUACACUGCAAGGUUAAUGAGGAAUUGGUGCAAUUGGAGGGUGAAUGCUGUGCCAUGUGUGUGCCACAGAAUUUGAACAACAAAGAGGCGGAACAUAGCAAACGAGGCUGCCGUUUGGGCGAUCAAUUCCAUUUGGCUGGAGCCACUUGGCAUCCAUUUUUGCCACCCAAUGGUUUUGACACCUGUACCACCUGUAGCUGUGAUGCCUUGACUUUGGAAAUCAGAUGUCCACGCAUGGUGUGUCCACCAUUGCAGUGCAAGGAAAAGGAUGCUUAUAGACCAGACAAGAAAGCCUGCUGUAAGGUGUGUCCUGAAGGCAAAAUAUCCUCACGCAGCAGCAGCAACAAUAAUCCCAAUGUCUUGCAAGAUCAAGCCUCCUCCAAACCCAAUGUUAGAUCCACCGAUGAUAUCUUGCAACAGGGCGGCUGCAAAGUGGUUAAUAAGAUCUAUGAAAAUGGCCAGGAAUGGCAUCCCAUUUUGGCUUCCCAUGGCGAACAGAAAUGCAUCAAAUGUAGAUGCAAGGACUCCAAAGUUAAUUGUGAUCGCAAGAGAUGCUCACGCUCCACCUGCCAACAGAAUAGAGUUUCCUCCAAAAGAAAACUGUUCGAGAAGCCGGGCAGUGAGCCUGUCAUUGAUGAGUGCUGUUCCUCACAAUGCAAACGGCCCCGGAGACAUCACCGAAGAACCCAGCAGGGCGAACAACAACCAAAGAAGGGUAUCAGCAGCUGAAUUGUUUAACUUAUUUACACAACAAAGGAGUCAGUAAUUUGCAAAAAACCUUUAAAUUAAAACAAAUUACUUACUUUUUGGAGAGAAAGUUUAAAAAACCACAACACAGCAACAGAGAGAAAAAAAUUUGAUUUUGUAAAUUCGAUUUUUUUUAUAACACACAACAACACUUUACUUCUUCUUUGUCUAAAAAAAAACCAACAAAAAAAAACUAAAUUAAACACUGAGAGAAAUUCACCUACAGCAACAGCUUAGAAGAGCUAGAGAAACGAAGAGAAAUUAGCAGCUUCAAAUAUUUAGAGAGCAAUUUUUUUUCACACACUUAUACUUAUACUUUAGAAAAGCAUAUAGAAAUCGAUAUAUCUCUAUGUAUUAUAAACUAAACAAAACAAAAAAAAUACACUUAAACAAAUAAUCUAUAUUAAAACUAUACCAGUGCAGUAAGAUAAAACAAACAAAAUUAUUUAUUUUAUUAUAAAAAAAAUCUUAAAGAAACAACAAAAAGAAAUGUACUACUGUACGGUAAUUUUUUUUAAAAAAAAAAGAAUAUUUUUUUUUUAAAAAAUUCUUAAAAUAUUCAAAAUUUCUUUUUUUCUUAAAAAGAAAUUUAAUUUGAAAUUUAAAAAAGAAAUUUAUAUUAGAAAUUUCUUAAAAGAAAAAACAUGAUAUAUUUAUAUAUAUAAAUAGAAACACAUCCCAAAAGUUUCGACUGAUUGACUGAAUGGCAACUUUAGUUUUAAGUUUAAAAAAAAAAGAAAAAAUAUUUUACUUAAAAAAUUUAUUAUUAUUAAUAUAAAUUUAAAAAAAAGAAACUUGUUUUUACUAAUUUAAAAUACAUACAUUAAUUUAACAUAAAAACCAACCACUCCCCCUCCCCGCCCCAAACGAUAAAUGUCUAAGAGAGCCUGUUAAACUUUAACUGCACUCAGAGAAAAACAGGUCCAAAAAUUCCUUAAAUAUCAUACAAACAUUUUCAUACAAACACACACAUACAUAUCCACCUUAAUUCACUUACAUUAUUGUUGUUAUAUUUUUUUUUAUUAAAUCAUACACUCAAACAAAAAACCUUAAUAUUUCCUAAUUAUAUUUUAAAAAUAUAAUUAACUGAAAUACAUAAAAUUUUUGCAACCAGAAAAAAAAUGAAAAAUAAUUUACAAAAAUGUUUAAAAUUAUGUAUAUUUUUUAUAUACUUAAUAACAACUAAAACAUUUCAAAUUGAAAACAUAAUUUUCUUACACCCUCUACCCCCACCCCCCCUCAAAACACUUAAAAUUUAUACAACAAAUAGAAGAAAAGAAAACAAGAAUUGUAUUAAUUUUAUUUCGUUUAAUUUAAAUGUUAAUAUUUUUUAUUAUUAUUAUUAUUUUAAUUGUAAUAUAAUUUAAAUUUUAUUUUAUUUUAAUUUUUUUUUGUAAAAUCAUCAUCCUUAAUAUUGUACAAUUUAUAUUUUUUUUAUUAUUAUUUUAUUUGCUUUAGUUUCUUUUUUUAUAUAUAGUAUAUAUUUUUCUUUGUAUUAUUUUUCCUAAUUUAAAAUACUUUUUUUUUAAAAAAAAAAUAUAAAAUACACAAUCCAAAAAAACCAUAUAAAACCAACCCACAAAUCUUUUAUUUAUUCCUCAUUAAUCUUGACCCCCAAAACCCCCCACAACUUCAAUAUUUUUGUUACCCACCCCCCCUUAACCUACCCACUCGUCAUUAAAUCGACACCACCAAAUUGCUUAUAUAUAUAUUUUUUUUUAUAUUAUAAAUAUUAUUUUAUUUUUCUUUUUAUUUUUUUUUAUAUGUUUGUAUUAUAUAAUAUAAAAAAUACAUAGUUUUGAUAAAUAUGCUUAUAAAACAAAAUAGUUGUACUAGUUUUUUGCAUCAUAUAUAUUUUACUAUAUAUUAUUAUUAUUUCUUUUUUUUUAAUAAAACUAUUAUAUUUAUUAAAAAAAGAAAAUCAGCAGCAAAAUAAAUGAAAAAAACCAGCGUUAAAAUAAAGAAAAAAAAGUUAACAUACCUUUAUUGAAAUAUAAAGAAAAACAAACAACAAAAAAAAAAUUAAAUAAAAUAAAAACUUAAUUUUAUAAAUACUGAAAUAAAACUGAAAA